UCCCGGCUCCGGUUAAUGCCGGGCUGCGGAGAGAAGCGAAAUGACCGAAGCCGGUGGGAGCGGCGCCCCAGUCUCCGCCGGGCGGGUGCCGGCUCCUGUGCGCGGCCGGCCCCGCGGGCCGCAGGCACCGCCCCGGCGGGCGGUGUGACGGGCGGUGCCGCCCGGCCGCUCUCGCCUCCCCGGGCCGCGGCGGGCCCGCUGCCGCCCUCCCCCGGCGCCGCGGCGGGCGGGAGGAUGGAACAGGGGCUGUCCGCCAUCAGCCUCUACUGCGCGCCCGCCGCCGGCGCCAUGGAGCCCGAGCAGCAACUUUCAAAGGGAGAAAGCGGCUUUGAGAAUGUGGAGCUGGGUGUCAUAGGAAAGAAAAAGAAAAUUCCAAGGAGGGUUAUUCAUUUUGCAAGUGGAGAAACAAUGGAAGAAUAUAGCACAGAUGAAGAGGAAGAUGAACAAGAGAAAAAAGACCUGUUGCCACCUGUAGAUCCUACAACACUCACAUGGGGACCCUACUUGUGGUUUCACAUGCUGCGAGUUGCCACAUCAACCUUAUCAGUGUGUGAUUUCCUGGGGGAAAAGAUUGCAUCUGUUCUGGGAAUAAGCACACCAAAAUACCAAUAUGCCAUUGACGAGUAUUACAGAAUGAAGAGAGAGGAGGAAGAGGAGGAACAGGAAAACAAGAUGUCAGAAGAAGCAGAAAGACAGCAUCAGGAACAGCAGAACAAGGCACAAGCUGAAGCUCCUGUCCAGACAGACCAGCCUGGAGCAACAGCAUGCUCUUCAUUCGUGAAUGUAAACUUCGAAAAUGAGGGAGAUUGCCCACCCACUGUGGAAAAUAAACAAGAUGUAGUUCCUGUCCCUCCUUAAGUGUAAAGCUCUGUACAAUGUAGGAAAUAAGAACUGUCAGGCGUCACAAUCUGCCUAUAAACAGGAAAAAUAGGAUUAUGCUUGUUCAGUGAAAUACAACUCCUACCAUUCUUAUUGAUCAGGAGAGAGCUAGGCAAUGUCUGUUCAGUCAGUCUGCCUAAUAAAGGCUGAGGCAUUCUGCCAAAUUGGCACUUCAGUUAAAAUGAAAAUUGCACUACAAACAUUUGGUCUAAAAUGGAAUGUGUGAGCUAAUUUCUGUGUAAAGUAAGUAGAAAUGUCUUUUCUUUGAAUCGCUGUGUCUCUAACACCUGUGGAUUGUAGAGGCAGUGCUGUUUCCUACUUCUAAAAACCUGAUUUGCACAUUGUUUGCAACUUGGCUCUCUAUGAAUAGAUUAAUAGGAAUUAAUAUCCUGUAACUCAAAAGUAAUUAUAAUGGAGUCUUAUUCCCCCUAUUUAUUGUCACUGUUGUAUGCAUGUAUUUUUUUUGUGUUGUUAACACAAGAGAAAAAUGUUAGAUUUAAUGUUAAUUAGAUUAAAGGGUCCUCUGACUUUUUGAUUUUUAAGUGGAAAAAAUCCCAACUUUCCAGGAGGCUGUAAGCACCCGUAAGAACUUACUAACAAGUACCAGCACUCUUGGAGGCUAACAGUGCUCAGCUGCUCCAUCCAGUGCUGUAGCUGAGUUCAGAGCUAACAUUGGUUAGGAUGUUCUCACUCCAAGCCCAAGAAUUUAGAGAUCCAUGUGCUUGAAUGCAUGCUCUCAGUGGUCUGGAAAAGUAACUAAAGUCUUCCUAAAUGAUAUUAAGUGCACUGGACACUCUAUGUAGUACUAGUCUAGAACUCUGAACUUUUUUGGACAUCGGUUACACAAGUCUGUGUACUUGAGUAACCUAAACAAACUGUGUGUUGAAUGUUAAAUUGUCAGUAAGGGAUGUGCCACUGCAGAUGGUUUUCAUCCUGUUAGCACAGAAUACAUACAUAACCAGAAACUACAAAACCAAACUUAUGACUCUUUCCUUCUCUUAAAUGAAUAUGUGUUGUUAUACUGCACUUGCAACAACAGACAUUUUUAUUUUUGUCUAAAUGAAGUGCAGGUAGCUCCACAUCAAAUACCAAUUAAGGCUAUUUUACUGCAAUGACUGUUGUACCUGUAGCUUGUAAAAGGUGAAUGGUUUACUUUGCAACAAUCAGAUGUCAUUGCCUCAGUCAUUUUCUGUGGUCAACUAUUGCAGGUAAAGGAGCAGAGAACCUGCACUAUGUACCAUGUAGAACAUUACUUCUGUCCUUGAGAUUUAUAAAAAAAAAGUUAAAGAUAGUUCUCAAUGAAAUAGGGCUGUUGGGUAUCAUGACAUGUCCCUGGCCUUGCUCCCACUGCCAGCUAAGGAGCCUGAAGUAACACUGCAGGCCAGGUAGCUUGGCUCUUAGUUUCUGGAAUAAAUUGCAUAUUUCAGAUGACCCUCUGCUUGAACUAAUGUCCUGUACAGCACAAAUUCUCUCUAGCAGCUCUCCAGUAGUACAGAAAACCUAAGGAGGAGGAUUCAAUCAUCAGCUCUAGUCCAUCUGUUUUGAUACUCCAUUCUUUGCCUUUUCUGAAUUGUAAGACAGAGGGUGCUGACCACAGUGUAAAAUCACUACUUUGCCCUGAAUGUCUGCAAGGGAGAGCUUGAUUCAACACCUGGAGAAUACACAGAAAACCACCUUCGUAGGAGUUCACAUAGCAUCAAAGAAAGAAAGCAUCAGAUAGCUUGAGUAAUACUUUGACAGCUGAAAGAUACUUUGCUUUUCUUCCAAUAAAUUAAGGUCAGUUGUUUGGUUUUUUUUACUUCCUUUCCCUACUAUUUGUUGCAUAACAAAUGCUCUCACUGCCUUCUUUGUAUGAAAUAUUGUAUUACUCACUGUGCCUUAACUUAAUCCUUCCUUUUUUGCAAACUGUAUAAAAGUGGUUACUUUCAUAUUGGUUUAAUUUUUCUGUAAAUGCAUUAAUUGGUUAUUUUAUAUUUAAUAUAAUUUUUGAACUGGAAGUUGGCUAUGGAUUUUCUUUUAAGACUGUGUGGUCUUUGAAACUUUAAGCCUGUACACAGAUGCGUGUGCCUGUUUACUGUUUUCAUCUUUACUAAGUCACAUAUCCUGGUGGAAUAUUCAGGCACCAGAUUUCAAAAUAUCAUUUAACCCCCACCCCUUCCUUAGACUCUCAUGUGUUCAGCACUACCUCAAACUAAAUAAACAAUGCAGGAUUGUAAACA